AUGGACGCGCUGCCGAUCGCGUGCCAGCAGGCGUACAAAAGCUUUGUCGACUGCAAGCGGUCCUUGCUGGAUAUGCGAAAACGCUUCCGUGGGAUUCCAGGUGCAGAGUACAGCACUUCGUCGACUAUGUACGCCGCGCUCGAUAAGCGCGGCGCAUGA